GAGCGCCUGGGAGCCGCCUGUGGGCAGGAGAGGAUCUGUCAAAUGCGAGGUUCCUUUAAUAAGAGCGACCAGUCCGGCUCCGAGAGUCAUGGCGACCGCAGCGUCUAACCACUACAACAUCCUCACCUCCAGCGCAUCCAUCGUGCACUCGGAGCCCGGCAGCAUGCAGCAAGCCACGGCGUACCGGGACGCGCAGAGCCUGUUGCAGAGCGACUACCCGCUGCAGAGCAACAGCCACACGCUCAGCCACGCACACCAGUGGAUCACGGCGCUGUCCCACGGAGAAGGAGCCCCGUGGUCCACCAGCCCGCUCGGCACGGAGCAGGAUAUCAAACCCGCGGUGCAGGGCGCCCGGGACGAGAUGCACAAUUCCAGCAGCAACCUGCAGCACCAGUCACGGCCGCCGCACCUGGUGCACCAGACGCACGGGAACCACCACGACGGCCGGGCGUGGAGAACCACCACGGCGGCGCACAUACCGAGCAUGGCGACGACGAACGGCCAAAGCCUUAUUUACUCCCAGCCGGGCUUCAGCGUCAACGGGCUGAUCCCGAGCAGCGGGCAGGGGAUGCACCACCACAACCUAAGGGACAGUCAUGACGACCACCACAGCCCGCAUCUCAGCGACCACGGCCACCCUCCGUCCCAGCAUCAGCACCAGCACCGGCCGCAGAGCCACCACGACCACUCGGACGAGGAUACGCCGACCUCGGACGACCUGGAGCAGUUCGCCAAACAGUUCAAACAGCGGAGGAUCAAGCUGGGCUUCACGCAGGCGGACGUGGGACUCGCCCUGGGGACCCUGUACGGAAAUGUGUUUUCCCAAACCACCAUAUGCAGGUUUGAGGCCCUGCAGCUCAGCUUCAAAAACAUGUGCAAGCUGAAGCCUCUGUUGAACAAGUGGCUGGAGGAGGCGGACUCCACCUCGGGCAGCCCGACCAGCCUGGACAAAAUAGCGGCGCAGGGGAGGAAAAGAAAAAAACGGACUUCAAUCGAGGUAAGCGUAAAAGGAGCUUUGGAGAGCCAUUUUUUGAAGUGCCCUAAACCGGCAGCGUCGGAAAUAAUCAGCCUGGCGGACAGUCUGCACCUGGAGAAAGAAGUGGUGAGGGUUUGGUUUUGUAACAGGAGACAGAAGGAGAAACGCAUGACCCCUCCCGGAGGAGCGCUGCCGGGGAGCGAGGAUGUGUACGGGGACACGCCGCCGCACCACGGGGUCCAGACCCCGGUCCAGUGAACCCUGCUGGACCGCUGCUCCAGGACUUGUUUAUCCUUUUUAUUUAUCCCCCAAGGUUAUAUAUAAAUCACUGGACUAUGAAACGAUAUAGUGGGUGUUUUAUGUAUAAUAGAUUGCAGUGAGUACUUACACAAUAUCUGCAGUGAAUAUCUGAGAAAUGGAAAAGAGUGAGGGGAGGACAGGACAUUUCUCCCUGAGCUAAAGGAACAUAAGCCUGUGUUGUGUUCUCCGAGGAUACAUGCCCAGCACUGUGACUCCAGUCGACGCAGUUUCAAGGUGUAGCCCCUAUUGUGUAUUGAAAUUAUACUUGACGAAAAAAAAGGAGGGAGGGGAAGGAGUGGUUUUUAGACGAAAAGCAUAGAUGAAUGGUUUCCAUUCGCCACUUUUUAUAUUAAAUCCAACAUUUUUUUGUUUUAUUUUUUUCCUAUUUUUUUUUUAUUUUUUUGCUGUGCGUAAAAUGGAAAGCAAAGGCGUUUUAGUUUUGUAGCUCCCAAAUUGUGCGUCCAGCAGUGAAGGGUGCGUGGGUGGAGCAGUGGAGGGGGUCAAAGGAGCUGCGUUAAUGGAGUAAACCGGAGGCCGGUGGAGGCUGCAGCCCCCAGUCAGCCCGGUGGAGUCCAGCUGAGGAGCGUCUCCCAGCUCCAGGAAGGGACUCCGUGGCGACUGAUUGGAUUAUAUGGCACUUUUCCACAACAGGAUGGGCUCUAGAUACACAGAUCUCUACAGAAAAAAAUACGAUGGCAGCAACUCUCACAGAACAUUUGGAUCCACUUUUGUAAAUAUUGUAUAACUUUAAAAGUCAUGGCUUCGUUCAUUCUCUUUUCUUUCUUCUUAUUUUCUUCCUUCACUGGGGCACUUUUUUUGGAUUGAUGUUUUCAAAAACAAGCAGGUUGAGAAUCCAGUUUCCACCCAUAGCUACUACCUACUGCCUUGUAUUUGUGUGUUCAGCGUCCUUUAUUUUGUUGCCGAAAUUAUGUUCAUUUAUAAUUUAGAUGCUUUGUGUUGCGCGUUUUUAUUUUGAGUCUCAAUUAUUAUUUUUUAAUCGAAGUGAAAGUUUAAUUUGUCUUAUUUGUCUAUGGAGUUUGGUUUCUGCCAUUUGGCGUCCGCUCUUAGAUUACAAUUGAUCGUGUUUCCAGUCAGAAUUGAGUGCUUUGAAGACUGAAUUCAAAUUAAUCGAUGGAGAAAAAAAAAGGUAGAAAAUCGUCCACAAAUUAAUUAGAGCUGAGUGGAUUAAAAUUAAUACAUCCUUAUGAUUAGUGUUUGAAAAGAAAAGUAACGAUAAUAACACUACGGCCUUUUACAUUUCCUCCCAAAAACACAUUUUAGUUGCAUCCAAAAAAUUGCAGCAUAUGAUCAAAAUGAUUUUUAUUGUUAUUAAUAUUAUUAUUAUCCACGAGGUGUUGUUUCAUUUGUGAGCUCGUUGCCAUGCGUAUAAUUUCAGCCAUUUUGUUGUUAAGUUUUUUUUUUGCUUUAUUAUGGGGAGGGGAAUUAGACAUUUGAUUUUAUUUUUUUAGUUUUGUUAAUGAGAUUGUAAUUUAUUCUGCGAUGGAUUUUUAUAGAUGACACAAAAAGGGCGAGAUAUAUAUGAAAUGAUACUGAAGAAGGUUUUGUAGUGGGAAGGGAAGGGGGGAAGACAGAUUUUUUUUUUUUUUUUUUUACUUUGCAGCGGGAUUGUUACAGCCUGGAACCGUCACAGCUAAAUGUACAUACAUCUUUAUUUUCCCCUCCGUACAGUAGCUUGCUUUUUAUUUUAUGCAAAGACACAAAACCAGGGAUUUUUUUCCUCUCUCCUCUCAUGUGGAAACAGAUUUUUUUUUGUUAUUAUUAUUAUAUUAUUAUUAAUAUUAUGUCCCCCUCACACACGUUUUCUGUUCUCCUGCUGGAAAACAACAUCGUGGCAUUGAAAUGUUUCCUCAGUAGCUUUAAGGAAUCGAUCCAAGUCAUAAUUCACUGGAAAUUCAAGUUGUGGGGAUGUAGACCUGUAGCAAUCCAACGCUGUUUAUUUCUCCUUGUUUUGUUUUAAUUGCUUGUCAAACCAGUUUUCUUUUUUUCCUUCUUUAAUUUAUUUUUCAUUUUUGUUUGUUUUUAUUUGUGGGGGUAAAAGAGGGGUGGGUUGGGGGUGUUAUAGGCUAUGACAUAUUCACUGGAUGAACUUGGGGGUAGAUUUAACGUAGAGGUGAUAAAUGCCUGCAGGUGUUUGCAUCACUUUACACAUGAACAAUGGACUUGCACAUUUUUAAAUAAUGGGGUUGAUAUUAAACAGCUUUUUUCCAAACGUC